AUGAACCCCGCAGAGUCUCUGUUUUGGGGCACCAGACUGGCAAUCAGGCCCCCUCCCAGUCUGGGCCACCUCUGGAAGGUGCACAUGCACCGCUUGAGGUCCAGGGGAGGCCUGCACCCAGCGACAGGCUUCCCACAGCCGGUGCAGACUCCGCGGACUGAGCCGCCUGCCGCCGCGGAGAUCUUCGUCCCUGUUGCCUGCCCCCACGGAGGCUGCCUGCCACCGCGGAGGUUUUCGAUCCUGUCCCUGUUCCUGUUCCUGCUCCGCGGACUGAGCCGCCUGCCGCCGCGGAGGUUUUCGUUCCUGUCCCUGCUCCGCGAACCAGGCCGCCUGCCGCCGCGGAGGUCUCCGUUCCUGUACCUGCUCCGCGGACCAGGCCGCCUGCCGCCGCGGAGGUCUUUGUUCCUGUCCCGGCCCCACGGACCAGGCCACCCGCCGUCUCAGGACUCCAAGCUUCAGCUGAUGGACCGCAGCCCACUGUUCCAGGACUGGGUUCACCAGCACCCCAAGCUACGCCAGGGCUCUAUGCUUCAGCUGAUGGACCGCAGCCCACUGUUCCAGGGCUGGGUCUGUCUGCCUUCACGCCUCGUCUCACCCGGUCUCCUCGUCAGGUCUCCAAGUCACCACGUCUCGUCGCCAGAUCUUCACGUCUCGUCAGGUCACCACGUCUUACCGCCAAGUCUCCACGUCUCGUCAGGUCACCACGUCUUGCCACCAGGUCUCCACGUCUCGCCAAGUUUCCACGUCUCGUCAGGUCACCACGUCAUGCCGCCAAGUCUCCACGUCAGGUCACCAAGUCUCCACGUCUCGUCAGGUCUCCACGUCAGGUCACCAAGUCUCCACGUCUCGUCAGGUCUCCACGUCUCGUCAGGUCUCCAUGCCUCGUCGGGCCGCCACAGAGGCGGUUCUUUGUUCGGCCGUUGGCCCUGACCCAGCACUCAGGCAGACCGCCUGAGGCCUCAUGUUGGGUCCUGGCCCAGCAUUUGGGCAGACCCCCUGACACGUCACACCCCACCUGGGUGUUGAACUG